AUGGUCAGCGAACGACUGGACAACGCGUACCAUAGGUACUACAAGUACCAUCCUGCACGUGCUGGCCUUCUUGCCCGGGAGCUGCACAAGCUGAACGUGCAUGUGGCCGCCAUCCAGGAAGUUCGAUGGCCCGGUCAUGUAGAGCGAGAAUUCACGGCGGUGGACCCCAUCGCCAACACCUCUUUCAAGUACCACAUCUACUACAGUGGCGGCGAAAAGGCGAUGCACGGAGUCGGUUUCGUAGUGAUUGGGGAUCAGAAGAACCGAGUCAUCAAGUGGAAGGUGGUGAAUGACCGGAUCUGCGUGUUAAGAAUAAAGGGCAAAUUCUUCAACUACAGCCUGAUCAACAUCUACGCGCCGACGAACGACAAGCCCGAUGACGAUAAAGACGCUUUCUACGAGCGUCUCGACAAGACCUAUGGAGAGUGCCCAAGACACGACGUGAAGAUAGUCAUCGGAGACGCAAACGCGCAGGUCGGAAGGGAAGCCUACUUCCAUCCUGUCAUCGAUUCGUUGUCACUGCAAUCCGGAUCUUCGAAGUUGUACUAA